UGAAGAUAUAUAUUUAAAGUUUAACUUACAAUCAUUUCGUUUUAUUAACGGUUUUACCUAAACGUCUUGUUUACUAUCUUGCAAAUAUAUUCAAAAUAAGGACAAGAAGAAUGAAAACAAUCAGUUCAUAAGGAAAAUGAAUUUUUAUUUCUUCGCGAUAAACAUGAAUGGGUGACGCUACUUAUUUUAGAGUAAAAUUUAUUCGUUAAAGUUACAUGAGACAAUAUGGCAGCAAAUGAUUUUAAUUGAGGCCAUUAUAGUUAACUGCAAUAUAAAUAUAAAGUCGAUAUGUCAAAUUGAUAUAAAACGCACUUAUAAGCCGUCAUAAAUCGCAGGAUUGAUUGUGUAUCCGUUGCAACUAUGUUGAUUAAAGAGUAUCGGAUACCGUUGCCGUUAACGGUAGAGGAGUAUCGCAUAGCUCAAUUGUACAUGAUAGCGAAAAAAAGUCGCGAGGAAAGUCAUGGCGAGGGAAGUGGUGUAGAAAUUAUUAUCAAUGAGCCGUACGAUGACGGACCUGGGGGCAAAGGUCAAUAUACCAAAAAAAUUUAUCAUGUCGGCAGUCAUCUACCAGGUUGGAUAAAAAGUCUUCUACCGAAAAGCGCUCUCACAGUGGAGGAGGAGGCAUGGAACGCUUAUCCCUAUACACGUACGCGUUAUACCUGUCCAUUUGUCGAGAAAUUUUCUCUAGAUAUAGAAACCUAUUAUUUCCCCGAUAAUGGUUUCCAAGAAAAUGUCUUUAAGCUAAGCGGCGGCGAUUUACGAAAUCGUGUUGUGGAUGUGAUAGAUAUUGUUAAGGAUCAGUUAUUUGGUGGAGAUUAUGUUAAGGAAGAAGACCCGAAAUUAUUUGUGUCUGAAAAGACGGGUCGCGGACCCUUAGGCGAGGAUUGGCUAGAGGAAUAUUGGCGCGAGGUUAAAGGUAAAAGGCAACCCACCUCGCGCAAUAUGUCCUUGAUGUGUGCGUAUAAAAUAUGCCGUGUCGAAUUUCGUUAUUGGGGCAUGCAAACUAAAUUGGAGAAAUUUAUACAUGACGUAGCUUUACGUAAAACUAUGUUGAGAGCCCAUCGUCAGGCAUGGGCUUGGCAAGACGAAUGGCAUGGUUUGACCAUUGAUGAUAUACGUGAAAUUGAAAGGCAAACGCAAUUGGCUUUGGCCCGCAAAAUGGGUGGCGGCGACCAAAGUGCUGAUGAAGAAGAAGAAGAAGGAGAAGAAGAGGAAGAAGAAGAAGAAGAAGAAGAUGAAAGCGUUUCGGAGGCAGCUAUCAAGUCCCCAGUACAGGAAAAAAUUGGUAAAGAGCCUCCCAUCGUAACGCAAGAACCGCCUAGCGAAGAUGUCUCGUCCGAAGAAGAUGAAAGCCUGCAAACGGAACAAAAGAAUGCGGAAAGUGAAGAGAGAUCCCGUUCGCAGAGCAUACAAUUAGCGAAAUCAAAAUAUGGCUCCAAAACAGGUGGCUUGCAUUCACCUUUGGGAUCCGCGCAUAGUUUCGAUUUGCAGCCGCAUGCGAGACAUGUCGCGCAUAAAAAUGUGGCAAAUUGGCGCAUGGAACGUUUGGAAGUCGAUUCCAAGUCUAAUUCAGAAGACGAGUUUUACGAUUGUGUCGAUACGAAUGAAAGUAACUCGUUGGCAAGAUGGAGUUCGAUGGAAUUGUUGGGAGAGCGUGAUGCCAGUCCCCCUUAUCAAGGCGACAUGACCGAUAAAGACAAACAAGAGGACAGUAUAUUUAAUCAAGAUUUCCUAAUGCGUGUGGCAUCUGAGCGUGGCACUAAACGGCAAUUGCAUUCUUCGGCUAGCGUCGAGCGUAAUCAAGAGUUCUCACCGCCAGGAUCUCCGGGAGCAGGUUCUUGUUCAACAACAAUUCUGAUUUUAGUCGUGCAUGCGGGCAGUGUUUUAGAUGCUGCCAGUGAGUUAACGUCAAAAAAAUCUGAUGUUACAACAUUUCGUACAUCGUUUGAGGCUGUUAUGCGUCAGCACUAUCCCAGUCUUUUAAGUCAUGUGACAAUUAAACUAAUACCUUGUCCCUCGAUAUGUACCGACGCUUUGGGCAUACUUUCCAGCUUGAGUCCUUAUUCAUUUGACACUUCACCGUCGGCAGGUGAUAUUCCAAAUGUUGCAGAUGUUCCUAUUGGGGCUAUACCGUUAUUGGCUGUAGCCUCUCCAGAAUUCCAAGAUACUGUCAAUAAGACAAUAAUAGCUGCCAACAUUGUUUACCACGAGUUUGUAAAAUCUGAAGAAGGUCAUGGCUUCUCCGGACAAAUUAUAAUGCUGGGCGAUUCAAUGGGCUCUUUGCUAGCCUAUGAGGCUUUAUGUCGAUCAACUAAUUCAAAUGAUGUUGGAGGAAUCCGCUCUUCCCGCAACACCGAUGAUGAUGAACGCUUUGAUGACUCUGAUAUGGACGCGAAAAAAUUAUUAGUAGCGCCUUCGCCACGUCGCAGACGUUCUUCAUCGUCUAACGAUACAAAGGGGGCAAAACUUGACUUCGAAGUUAAUGAUUUCUUUAUGUUUGGCUCUCCGCUGUCUAUUGUAUUGGCAGCCAAGAAACUCCAUGAUUCCAAAGCAGCAUUACAACGCCCCAACUGCAAUCAGGUUUAUAAUAUGUUCCAUCCUACCGAUCCUACAGCUUCCCGUUUAGAGCCCCUACUUAGUGCACGUUUUUCAAUGUUAGCUCCAGUCAACGUGCCACGCUACGCUAAAUAUCCCUUGGGCAAUGGUCAACCUUUGCAUUUACUGGAAGUUAUACACUCCAACCCUCAACACUUUAACGAAACAAAUAGUAACAUAUGCAUACGCCGUUUAUCGGAUGUUUCUUUACAAAGUACAGUAUCGGGACUAAUAGAAAAUAUUUCGCUAAGUACCAUUAAUACACUUCAACAGAAAUGGUGGGGCAGCAAGCGAUUGGAUUAUGCGUUGUAUUGUCCUGAAGGCUUAAGUAAUUUCCCCGCAAAUGCUUUACCCCAUCUUUUUCAUGCCAGCUAUUGGGAAAGCGCUGAUGUUAUUGCUUUUAUUUUAAGACAAAUUGGUAAAUUUGAGGGCAUUCCAUAUGUAACUACCGCAGAUAAUAAGGAAUCUAUUAACUUUAACCCGGGCCAGCCUAGAGAGAAAUGGAUACGAAAACGGACCUCGGUUAAAUUGAAAAAUGUAGCCGCCAAUCAUCGGGCAAACGAUGUGAUAGUUUUAGAAGGUCGCGAACAGCGUUUAAAUGCUCGUUUCAUGUACGGCCCAUUGGAUAUGAUCACAUUGCAUGGCGAGAAGGUAGACAUACACGUUAUGAGAGAUCCUCCGGCAGGUGAAUGGAAUGUAUUAAGUACUGAAGUAACUGAUAAAAAUGGACGCAUCGCUUAUUCAAUACCUGAGCAUAUGUCCUUGGGUUAUGGCAUAUAUCCAAUUAAAAUGGUUGUACGUGGUGAUCAUACCUCAGUUGAUUGUUAUUUGGCUGUAGUGCCACCUCUAACCGAAUGCGUAGUGUUCAGCAUUGAUGGUUCUUUUACGGCAUCCAUGUCAGUGACUGGUCGCGAUCCCAAAGUAAGAGCUGGGGCUGUUGAUGUCUGCCGUCAUUGGCAAGAAUUGGGCUAUCUAUUGAUAUAUAUUACGGGGAGGCCAGAUAUGCAACAACAACGCGUAGUAUCAUGGUUGAGUCAACAUAAUUUUCCUCAUGGAUUAAUUUCCUUCGCCGAUGGUCUUUCAACUGAUCCUUUAGGUCACAAAACAGCCUAUCUAAAUAAUUUAGUUCAAAAUCAUGGAAUUAUAAUUAUGGCAGCAUACGGCAGCAGCAAAGACAUUAGUGUUUAUACGAACGUCGGUUUACGAGCAGAUCAAAUUUUCAUAGUGGGCAAGGUUAGCAAAAAGCUUCAAACUAACGCGACUGUCUUGAAUGAUGGAUAUGCUGCUCACUUGGCAACGUUGCAAGCAGUUGGCGGUUCGCGGCCAGCUAAGGGUAAUGCACGAAUGGUUAUACCACGUGGCUGCUUCAAUUUACCAGGACAAACUACUAAUCCCAGGCGUAGAAGCAAUGAGAGCGGUCUGUCUUCGCCUAUACGCAGUGGUUAUUUAAAACGCAAAACCUACUUUGGUCAUCAUCAACAGCAUUAGAGAAUUUAAGAGUAAUACCGUUUACCUACAUAUUAACGGCUGCUUAAACAUCAUUAUCAAUAGUGAUACUAUUAUUAGACGUUUUGCUUAGUUAUACGCAUUCAUCAGCAAAACAACAACAAUCAAUCAUAGAAACGAUGCAGACAAGACACCCUACUAGCGGAGUAAAGAAAAACAAGACACAAAAAUCUCCAAUAUUAUCAUUUAGAUGAAAAAAAAAAAAAAAAAAACAGAAGAGAAAAAAAUUCAAAAAUUAGUCUCAUUACACAUGGAUUAUGGCAGCAAUACCAUAAGUCCUCAUGAUUUAUUAACAUAACAAUGCAAGGUUAUGAGUUACCAUAAUCGAAAGCCAUAAGCAGAAUUCUAAGAGCAUCAUCAUCUCUCUCUCUCUCUUAAUAAGGUCUAAGAUGUCACGCAGUAAGUAGUAAGAUCAACAAUUUUUCCUUUAUUUCUUAAUAGCUUUAAGUCUUUCUUUCAUAAACGAUUUCUCUCGAGACGAGGUUGAAGAAUAUUGAAAAUACACAAAAAACAAAGAAAAAAAAAAUUCGAUUUUAUUUACGUCUACUACCACCACCACCACCACCGUCACCCCCACCAACUCGCCGAUAUUCGUUAAUGAAUUAAAAUUUAUGUAAAAUAGAGCAUCGAGUACAAUCAACUCGUUAGGUCACGGAUCGGGUUAACCGCAACGCCCACAACGCUAAAACGCACCAUAUGAGCAAUAUAUUAAUGAAAGGAAAACGAAGUAACAAAAUACAGCCGGAUAAUGGUGACUCUUAAAUGCCCUAUAUGAUUAGUCUCAUUGUACUGUUAUAGCACAAUAUGAGGAUCUUCAUGAAGAUCCUUAUUUGAGCUCGAAGUCUGUAGUCCAAAUUUAAAGGAGUGGAAUUACACAUUAAAUUGCGAUUCUGUGACCGAUAUUCGUUAUAUAAUAUACAUAUAAAAAUAGAUUAUUUCAUCUAUAACUCGAGCAACCUUGAUGAACAAGGUUAUUAAUUGUUCGUGGUUCGUGCAGCAUGUUCAAAUAUUAUACGAUUUUCAGCACGUAAACCACGCCCAAAAUUUAUUUUUGCACAACUAAAAGUGCAUUAGAUCAGAUGGUUUUGCUUCACAACAACGAGGCAACAAUUCUUAUAGACGAUAUCAUUUAACCAAACAUGACCUUUAGUUAGCCCCCAUCCACAAAACGUCACGACGAGUCCAUUAAGUAUGUGUGCACGUAUGUAACACGCAGAAACGCUUAAAAUAGAUCCACUUUUUAUUGUACCGAUCGAUUCAGAAUCGUUUUCUAAAUCAAUCGAAGCAUGUCUGUCCGCCCGUGGUCCGUCCAUGUCAAUUUGUAUCCAAGAUACAGAUCGUAAUUUUUCAGAUAUUUUGACGAAAUUUGGUAUACUAACGUGUUUUGAACCAAAGACGAACACGAUUGCAAAUGGCUGGAAUCGAUCCACUGUUUCGAUUAAAACAAAAAAAAAAAAAAAAA